CUUGUACAUAAAAUAAUCACUUCAUGCACGUAAAAAUAGAGGGAAAAUGCCAGAAAUACCAAAACAAAGUGGUUGAAAUAAUCUGCUGCCACGUACCUUGAAAUUAGAGCAUUCUAGAGGAGAGUCUUAACUCCAUAUAUAAUAUACAUACAGGGAUCAACUCUCUCUUCAUAGCUCUAUUCCUUGGCAUAUCUCCUCUCUCUUCUUAUUUCUCGAUCAUAAAUCACCAUCCACAAUUAUGGCGGCCAUCAAAGUACAUGGAACCGUUUUCUCAACAGCUGCGGCUCGAGUUCUGGCUACCCUUUAUGAGAAAGAGGUUGAAUUUGAGUUCGUUCCGGUAGACAUGAGAGCUGGUGAACAUAAAAAGGAGUCCUUCUUGUCCAUCAAUCCGUUUGGUCAAGUUCCAGGCUUUGAACAUGGAGAUCUAACGCUCUUUGAAUCAAGGGCAAUUACAAAGUACGUUGCCAACGAGUUUGCUGAGAAGGGGACCGACCUGGUUUUCGGAGACUCUAAGAAGAAAGCGAUCAUAGGGGUGUGGAUGGAGGUGGAGGCCCACCAAUUUGACCCGGUAGCUACGAAGCUUACCUGGGAGCUGGCAGCCAAGCCAGCGUUUGGCAUGGCUACAGAUAAGGCAGUCGUGGAGGAGAACGAAGCUAAGCUGGCUAAGGUCCUUGAUGUCUAUGAGAGUCGACUGGCUGAGUCAAAGUACCUGGGAUGUGAAAGCUUCACCUUGGUGGAUCUGCACCACCUGCCCAAUAUACAUUACUUGAUGGGCACUGAGAUUAAGAAGCUCUUUGAUUCCCGCCCCCAUGUCAGUGCGUGGAUAGCCGAUAUCACAGCGAGGCCAGCUUGGUCGAAGGUCAUUGCCAUGCAAAAGCAACAGUAAGGAGUAAACUGUUGUCGUGGUGCUCUAGGGGGUCAUUUGAACUCAAUAAUUAUGUGUUUUUUUCUUAAUUUUUUGUUCCUAGUGUUUCAAACUCCCCAUGUUCGAUGUCUGGACCUGUGCUUGUUUUCUCUGAGUUGUUACUGGUGUUUUGCCUUCAAUCUUUAAGUUGAAGGGCUUCUAGUUUAUGCAGUAUUCCGGUGUCCGUACCACAUCG